GAGAAUAUAACCGCGCAGCGGGCAGAUCUUUUGUUAUUAAGAACCCGGUAAAUAUAAGGCGUCACGUCCCUGAAUGGACUCAAGUGGACUGAUGCCCGACGAAGAACACGUAUAUCUAUAUGUAGCUAUACACAAUAUGUACUAUACUAAGGUGUCAUCGCUCUUGGUAGAAUCAUUUAUCAAGUUAGAACACUGAUAUUGUUCUGUGGUAUAUGGCAUUACGAAGCUCGCAGUCAAGUGAAAGUGAAAUUUUAUAAUUAUCUUUAACGACAUAUUGGUAAUAGUAGUUAUUUCUUUUUAAAAUGCCGAUUAAAGAAUAUUGUUCAGUGAUUGCCAUUACACUACUUCCAAAUGUAGGAGGUUGGCUUGGCAGUUAUAUCACCAGGAGAAACCUCAAUCCCUGGUAUGAGUCAUUAAAGAAGCCUUCCUGGACUCCUCCAAAAUGGGCUUUUGGGCCAGUUUGGACGAGCAUCUACUGUUCUGUUGGAUACGCCUCCCACAUCGUAUAUCGCGAUGGAGAUGGAUUUGAAGGAGCAGCCUUGCCUUUAACUAUUUAUGGAGCUAAUCUAGCAUUGAAUUGGGCCUGGACACCAUUAUUCUUUGGAGCGCACAAAAUCAGAUGGGCACUGUACGAGAUCAUCUUUCUCUGGGGAACAACCGCUGCUAUGGGAGUCGCUUUUCAUAGGAUAAAUCCCAUUGCUGGCUACUUGGUUGCUCCAUAUUUGGCAUGGAACUCACUUGCAGCCGUCCUGAACUAUGUUGUAGACAGAGAUAACAAGCAAUCCACAAUAACGGCCGUCGAAGAGAAGAAAAAAUGAGAGGAUCGUAAUGAGCACAAUCAGUUUAUAGUUCAUGUUUAUUUUUGCAUACAUUUUGUUUAGUUUUGCUACAGCUUUAUUACCUCUCGCAAUCUUGUACACUCUUUAUUAAAGAAUGAGCUUUUGCAUAACAAAAGUCUCGUUAAUAUGCGCAUAUUUAGUAAUGAAUAUGAAAUAAACGAAAAUCCCGUUUCAUACCGACUAAAUUGCAGUAUACAGGAAUUUAUAUAUAAAAAUCAGUUAUUAACUCAUAUUUACUAGAUUUCGUGAGAUAUAAAUGAUCCAUUAGUGUUGAUUUAUAUUUUUAUAUCCGGGGAUGUCUCAAGCCUACUUUCCCUUUUUACGAAAUGAAUGUCUUAGAGUGGAGGGUGCAGGAGGAUGUUGAUAUUUAAGUUUAAUUAACAUUGUUCUGUUAAGUUUAAAUUUUGAUAUGAGUGCGUGUAUGCAUGAAAGGGUUAUGUCGUACAGUAUGUAUUUAACCAUAAUAUUAAUAUUUCAUUAUACAUUAGUAUUUUAUAUUAAGAUUAUAGACUUUAUGUUUCGUUUGCUAAGUAAAUAGAGGUUUGUCAGCAUGGUACUCACUCUGA